CCUUGUUCCUGAACAUCCGCAGCUGCGCAGUGCAGGUCAGCUGACAUUUGUGAUGUAGCAGCGGGUGAAACAUCCUAACUGUCGAAACUUGAACCUAGGACGGGGGGGAAAGGGUUGUGUUUUUGAGUCCGCACCGUGACACGCGAAGAAGCGGACAGGCGUUAGUCCCGAAACGAGGCCGCGUCCUCCCGCCUUCCGCAGGCAUGAGUGUCGGCACACCGAGAGGCCUGGCCAGCUCAGGGCAGAAACCCAUCACGGAGAUCCCCCACCCGCUGUCCGCCGCCGAGGAGUCGCUCUCUCCAGGGCCAGAUGUCAGCAUCAGCUCCGGAGGAGACAAGGACCUGGAGCUCACCAACGGCACGCUGGUGGAAAACUCCAGUCCCGCCUCCGCCUCCUCCACCUCCACCUCCGCGCUCCUCAGCAGGCUGCAGGUGGAGGACAACUUUGAAGCAGACGCCGCAGACCUGUACGCCACCACAGAAACCCGCGAUCUCUUCGUCACAGUGGACGACCCCAAGAAGCACGUUUCUACCAUGGAGACCUACAUCACCUACAGAGUCUCCACCAAGACGACACGGAUAGAGUUUGACCUGCCGGAGUACUCCGUCAGGCGGCGCUACCAGGACUUUGACUGGCUGAGAGUGAAGCUGGAGGAGACCCAGCCGACAAACCUCAUCCCCCCUUUACCUGAGAAGUUUGUGAUGAAGGGCGUGGUCGACCGCUUUUCGGAGGAGUUUGUGGAGACCAGGAUGAAAGCUUUGGACAAGUUCCUGAAACGGGUUGCAGACCACCCCGUCCUGUCUUUUAACCCCCACCUUAAUGCUUUCCUGACUGCCAAGGACCUGAACAAGCGUCAGGGUCUGGCCCUUCUGACCAAGAUGGGAGAGUCGGUGAAGCAUGUGGCAGGGGGUUACAAGCUGCGGGCAAGACCGCCGGAGUUCAACGCCAUGGGAGAAUACCUGGACACUUUCAGCCAGAAACUGGGAACCAUUGACCGCAUUGCUCAGAGGAUACUCCGAGAGCAGUCAGAAUACCUCACGGAGCUGCGUGAAUAUGCAUCUGUCUACUCGAGCUGGGCGGGGUCAGAGGAAGAGCUACAGCGCCCUCUAGAGGGUGUGGCCGGCUGCGUCACAACGUGCUGCGGAGCGCUGGAGGACCUGAGCGAAAACAUGAGCCAGGACUUCCUUCCUGUCCUUCGAGAAUACGUUCUUUACACAGAGACGAUGAAGAACGUUUUGAGGAAACGAGACCAGAGUCAAGCUGAGUACGAGGGUCGCUUAGAAGCAGCCGUGCUGCGCAAACAGGAGGACCGAACACCCAUGCCUCUGGAGGUGGAGAAAUGCCAGGACAAAAUGGAGUGCUUUAACGCAGACCUGAAAGCAGACUGGGAACGCUGGCAGUGCAAUAAGAGACAAGACUUCAAACAGCUCCUAAUCGGCAUGGCUGACAAAAACAUCAACUAUUAUGAAAAGUGCCAGACAGCGUGGGAAUCGCUGGUUACCGUCCUGCAGGACAAACAGACUGAAGACAAAACGAGUGAGACGAACUGAAGCGCAUCUUUGUGCCGAUCAGCACAUUUUUUUUGUUUGUUUGUUUUUCUGUGACACUCUCAUGCCAAGGAAAAAGACCAACCAGGCAGCAGAUCUCCACUGCUGAGCUCUGCUCCUGCUCUCCUGUGGGACAGAUUGAAGGAGGCGUCUGAUGGUGCAUUCAGGGACAGCUGGGAGCCAGCAGGAAUCUCUGUACAGAUUUUGUUGCCGUACCUAUCCACAUUUUCUACGUAACACCUUCAAAUAUUAACAGUUUGUUGCCAAUGCUGCUUUUGUUUAUUUAACAAAGAUUUAGGGGGGAGACACACUUUUGGUGUCCCCCUCUGUUUUUCACAUUGAGCCAAAUGAGAAGGACAGUUGUUGCAGAAAUGUUUGGUUUUGAGCCAGGCAUAAAGUUUUUUCCUUUUGUAAAAUCCUGUGAAAAUGUCACUUUUUUUUUGCUGGAAAAACUAAUUCUCCAAUCAUUUUUGUUGCAUGAUGUUCCUCAUCUUCUUUUAGGGAAUACAAAUCAGCUUUGGAGCACAAAUCCUAUCUGCACAUUUACUGGAAUUCAGAGCAGCAGCGCCCUCUUGUGGUCAUGUCUUUUGUAGCUUUUUCCUCAUUGCUGUUUCUGUCCACUGGACCCUAAUCAGCACUUUAACCAGACAAAAACUUAAGAGAGUUCAAGAUCCCCGCUCUAGGUCUGCUCCUGAAAACAUUAAGGUGGAACAGAAGAAAAUGCAGUCUUUUUGUGUGUGUUUGAACAUAAACAGAAAUACAGAGAAACAUCCAGAAAGUGGAGAAAAAGAACAGAAAACGUCAUUCUAGAAGGAUUCUUCUCUGUUUUAGAUUAAUUCAAACAUCCUCUGCAUCUGCAGUUUAGCUGUUCCACCUUAAACUUGAAGAUUUACAUUUAGCAAAAAAUGGUUUACUUAAGCAGCACUACUUACAUUCAAGGACUCCGCUCUGCAUUUGUUUUCUCCAUAAAAGGGAGUCAGGAGGAAAUGAAAUUGGGUGAGAAUUGAAAGCUUUCCUCAGUAACUGUCCUUGUCAGUCAGAGUCGUUCUAACAAGCUGAUGGAAGAAACCAAACAUCACAUUUACAAAGAUCUUCUUGUUUUGUGGCUUAAAUGAGAUCCAUAACCUGAGAUUGCAUGAAAGUACGAUUGUUAUUUUUUUGUUUGUUUGUUUUUUAGCUUGAUGUCACUUUACUGGUCUGCCUUGAGCUCCAAUCGUCUCAGCUGCCUGUGAUUCUCCUUUUCUUGAAUUUUCUCCCUUUCCUUUCAGUAUCAGUUAAAAAAAGCUUUAAGUAGCUGAUUUUUUUCUCUGCCAAGUUAAUACAUCAGGUGAAUAACAUUUUUAUUCUUUAGAUAGAUUAAACCAAGAUAAAACGAACUCUCUGGGUUACUGUGAGACAAACUUAAGGCAGCAGCUGUAGGUUUGAUCCACAGAUUAAAAUAACUUCAUUUCAUUAUGCUUAAACAUAAUGAGAAACCAACAAGCAUUUUCAAAGAUUUCUUGUUGGUACGUUGUGAUUAAAGAUGUUCAAGAUGCAUUUACUCUCUCCUAACUUGUAUCAAACUAAAGGUUCAGGUUUGCAGCUAAGCCUCAUGGGAAAUGGCGUCUGCUCUCUGACUGCAUCAUGAAAGAGCACAUUUUGAGAGCUUACUGAGGUUUCUGGACUGUUUGUCCUCUUUUCUCACAGCUGUUUGCCUGAUUCCUUUUGCACUAAAAUCUGAGUCGACAUUAAUACUGGUACUUAUAUACCAUUAAAUAUCUUCUUCCUUUUUUUGUGUUUUGAUUCCAAAAACUGGUUACUGACCGUCUGAGCUAAGGUGGUUUCAAGUCUAAAGCCGUCCACACAAACAUCCUUCUUUUAGCGGCUCCUCUCCAGUGUGCACUGUUUACGUUCCUUACUGUACAUUUGAAUGUUUAUAACAUUUUGUUGUAAUUAAUAAAUAAGCUUCUAUACAGA